UUCCCCGUUCUUUAUGAGACAAUACGUAUGCAACAAAGCAAGCAUACACAAAUUCCUAUUUUUAUCAGUUGAUAAAUCACCUCGUUUCGGAUUGGUCGUAAUUACGUUCUCAUUAAUAAUAAUCAAACAUACACGAGUGUACUCAGUCAGAUAAAAUAUAAAAGUCAGAAUUUGUGCGGUCAUUAAAAAACCUGCUGCCGAGGCCUUGGUGGUACCAACGCAGUGCAAUUAUUUAAUCUCAUCUCCUGCGUCACAAUGUUGACUUAUCUGCUCAUUGCUUCAAUCGUGGUUAUCGUCGCUUUAAGAUUCGUACGAUCUUAUAUAAAAUUCUACAAAAAUAAACGAGUACUUCAACGAGUACCUGCCCCUCCGGAACGGUUCUUUUUGGGGCAUUUGAACGUCUUCACCAACAACCCUGAUGACAUAUUCGCCAGAAUACGACUUUAUUCGAAAAAGUACUACCCGAUUUACCGGUUUUCCACUCCUUAUAUUACCAUUGUUAACUGCCUCGAACCGAACGACAUUGAACUGGUACUAUCGUCAACUAAACACUUAUCAAAGAGCAAAAUAUACACGUUUUUGUGCAACUGGCUAGGAACCGGUCUUUUAACCAGCACAGGCUCGAAAUGGCACAAAAGACGCAAAAUUUUAACCCCGGCGUUCCACUUCACUAUCCUCCAACAGUUCUUAAACAUAUUCAACGAAGAAACGUCCAAACUAGUCGAGAAACUUCAGGAGGAAAACGGGAAAAUUAUCGACGUGGUACCACCAAUCACCAAUUUUACGCUUCAGUCGAUCGCGGAGACCGCGAUGGGUCUUGACAAUAUAAACGAAAGUACCCAGAGGAAUUACAAAGAUGCCAUUUACAAAAUCGGGGCGAUUUUUUUAAAACGUUUGUCUAAACCGUGGUACCGCAUGGACGCCGUUUAUAGUUGGAGCAAACUGGCGAAAGAGGAAAGUGCGAUCGUUAAAGUACUGCACGAUUUUUCGAAUUAUAUCAUAAAAGAGAGGGAGAAGGAGAUGAGUAGUGAGUCUUAUGUGGGUACUUAUUCUAAAAAGAAACGACUGGCGAUGUUGGAUUUGUUGCUGUCGGCGAAAAACGACGGUGCGGAUAUCGACUACGAAGGAAUUAGAGAGGAAGUGGACACUUUCAUGUUCGAGGGCCACGACACUACUUCCAUGGCUAUUUCGUUUCUUCUUCUCGUUCUGGCCAACCUUCAAGACAUACAAGCCAAAGUCUUGGAGGAGAUAUUGUCAGUGGUGGGUCCAACGAAAGUACCAACCUACGACGACCUCCAGGAACUACGCUUCACCGAAAGGUGCAUCAAGGAAACUUUACGCUUGUUCCCGUCGGUUCCUUUUAUUUCUAGGUACGCCAGUGAGGACUUUACCACCAAAACCGGGUACGACAUUCCCGAAGGUACCGUUGUACACAUCCACAUUUUUGAUGUCCAUCGCAACGAAACGCUUUAUCCUGAUCCUCUGAAGUUUGAUCCGGAUCGCUUCCUGCCGGAGAAUGUCAACGCCAGGCAUCCUUUCGCCUACAUUCCUUUUAGCGCAGGACCUCGCAACUGCAUCGGACAGAAGUUUGCUUUGUUGGAACUGAAAGCGGCGCUUUGUGGGAUUUUGAGGAAGUUUAAGUUGGAGAAAGUUGAUGAUAUGUUUGACGUGGAGUUCAGACCGGAUUUGGUACUUCGGCCCAAGAAAGAUAUAAAAGUGAAAAUUUCGACGCGGCUUUAAAUUGAAAUAAUUGUAGUAUUUUAAAAAAUAAUAGUUGUUUGAAU